AUGCUCCCCGCCGUCGUCGCCAACCGCCAGGCCUGCCGCAAGGCCGUCUACAACGGGGCUUGCAACCUCACGCUCCCCAUGAAGACGCUCUGGCUCGUCGUCUACAUCGUCGACGCCGUCCUCGUCUUCCUCGUCAUCCCUUUCGCCAUGUUCUACUACGAGGGCGACCAGGACAAGUCCGUCGGGAAGAGGCUCAGGACCGCUCUCAUGUGGGUCGUCGCGUCCGCGGUGGUGCGGCCUCGUCCUCGGCAUCUUAUACGGUGCGCGCGGAUCAGUCCAUGCUCCCCCAUUCCUCUCCUCAUCCCCCACUCAGAAUGCUCUUCUGAUUUCUCCAGGAUUGGAUGUGCGGCUUCUACCGCACCGGCUAACUCGCAAACAACUUGGACAAUGCGUGCUACCUUCCCUGAAUAUGUGGUUGCUCUUACUACAAUCGUUGGAACUGUGCUUUUCACGAUAUUUGGUGGUGUCGGAAUUGCCUGCCUUCCAUUGGGACUUAUAUUCUCAUGUAUCCGGCGUCCAAAAGCUGUAAUUACACGCUCACAAUAUAUAAAGGAAGCAACUGAAUUGGGAAAGAAGGCCAGGGAGUUGAAAAAAGCAGCUGAAGCUCUUCACCAAGAAGAAAGAAGUGGGAACAAGGGCCAGAAAUGGCGCAAAAACGUGAAGGCUUUAGAAAAGGCUGAGGCUACUUGGGCAUUCACAGUCCUUGGGUACAUUGGAAAACUUAUAUUUGGUGUUGUUGGGUUAAUUGUUUCAAUAGCUUGGGUUGCACAUAUCGUCAUAUACUUGUUGAUUGAUCCUCCUCUAUCUUCUUUCCUGAAUGAAGUCUUCAUAAAGUUGGCUGGUGUUUGGGGUCUCCUUGGGACCGCUGCUUUCGUGUUCUUCUGCUUAUAUCUCCUUAUUGCAGUGAUUGCUGGGGAGAUGAUGCUUGGUUUGAAACUUGUUUUCAUCACAAUUCACCCGAUGAAAUGGGGAGGCACUUUAAUGAACUCCUUCCUGUUUAAUGUUGGGCUCAUACUACUUUGCUCCAUCAGUGUGAUUCAGUUCUGUGCCACGGCUUUUGCCUACUAUGCACAAGCAACUGCUGUUCAAGAGAUAUUUGGCCACACAUUGCAAUCCCUUCGUGGAAUUAAGUAUCUUUACAAUUACAAUGUUUUCCAGUAUGGCUUUGUUGCUCUUGCCAUCCUCACACUCUUCUACUAUGCUAUAUUUGUAAGAAAAUAUAAGGGGAAGAAAACAAAUCAUUUUUGUAAUGUUCUGUUUUUGUAUAUUCACCUCCACUCUUCUAGAAAAAAUCAAUCGAUUAACUUUGAAGCUCACACGUCGAAGAAGACUAAGGCAACAACUCUUGUGAUUUUCAUCAACGAUGUCAUCCUACCAAAACUGUACAAGUAUCCUUCAGAGUUCAAUCUUGGAGAGAACCCGCGCGUCCGUGGACUAAAUGCAGAGUUGCUUCAGACGUUCAGAUCAAUUGCUACUUCAUAUGAUUUUCUUGAGGAGGAUAAGGAGCAAUAUGAGUAUGAUGACACUGAUGACUAUUCACUCGCUCAGCUGAACUUUGCUAGAGUUACAUGUGCCCAAGAGUAG